AUGGCAACCCAAAAUAGCGAAAAGCUCAUUCACUCGAUAAUAAUCGACACAGGCCCUCUGAUCCACAACACCGUUUCCAUUUCAACCAUUAUAAACUCAGCAGAAGUACUUUACACCACACCAGCCAUCGUAGCGGAAAUCCGUGACCCCGCCACUAGGUCACGGGUCGAGACGACGCUGUUGCCUUUCCUAAAUGUUAAGACGCCUUCGCCAGCAAGCUAUGACGCUGUUGCAGAGUUCGCAAAGAAGACAGGUGAUUACCCGGUUCUGAGCAAGCAAGAUUUGGGCAUCUUGGCGCUGGCGUAUGAGGUGUACUGCGAAAAGCAUGGUGGGUCGUUUGGAUUGAGGAGUGUGCCAAAGGGGCCGGUGAAGUUGACGGCGGAGGAGCAAAAGAGAGCAGACGAGGAAGCUGCUGAGAAGCGUGAACAAGAAUCAAAGAAAGAGGCGGAAUAUGCCACACUUCGCGAGAAGAAGGCGGAGUUGAAGCGCAAGCAGAAAGAAGUGAAGGAAGCUGCAGAAGCGAAAGGAGAAAUCGUGGCGGCGCCCUCACAGCCUAUUGAAGGGCUUCCAGCCGAACCUGCUGCAGUAUCUCAGGGGCCUUCCGAUGAAGUAUCUCUUGUGAACCACGAAGAAGUCUUAGAACGGAAGGAUGGUGAACCAGCGGCUGCAGUAGAGCCGCCUGAGCACAAUGACACCAAGACGACGAAGAAAAAGGUCAACAGCAAAAAGGCUCGUCGCGCUCGCCAAUACGCCGAAAAGCAAGCUCUCUUAAAAACCCAGGACUCUGAGGAGCAGUCUAGUCAACCGGGAUUCAAGAACAGCACAGCAGACGUCCAGGAGGAUAUCGCAUCUACCCAAACCUCGGAUGCAUCUCCCGCAACCCAGCAGCGCGAGCAAGAACCUCAGGAGUCUGAGCAAGUAACUCAAGCAUCUGAGCAAGCACCCGAGGAGCCCGAGGAAAGCAGCCUUCAGAAGAAGUUGCACCCCGCGAAAGCCCGUCUCCUGCGCCGCGUCGCCGAACGCGAAGCUCUCGCAAACGAAGCCUCACCCGCACCUGGCGUAACUCAGCAACCCACCCCUCCCACCUCGGAAGACGACUCCGAUAGCAAUGAAUGGAUCACACCAGGCAAUCUCUCCAAGCACCAACACAUGGACACCUCCGAUACGCCCCUCCGUGCAGGCGAACCCCAGCUCUCCGUCGCAACCAUGACAACUGAUUACGCCAUGCAAAACGUCCUUCUCCAAAUGAACAUGCAGCUCCUCUCGCCUGCCAUGCAGCGCAUCCGCCAAGCCCGCAGCACCAUCCUCCGCUGCCACGCGUGCUUUCUCACCACCCGCGAAAUGGACAAGCAAUUCUGCCCGCGCUGCGGCCAACCCACGCUCCAGCGCGUCGCGUGCAGCACCAACGCCAAAGGCGAAUUCCAGGUCCACCUCAGCACAAAGUACCAGCACAACAAGCGCGGGGAAAAGUACAGCAUCCCUAAGCCGGUUGGCGGGACGAGCAACGGAAAGUUGAGGGGGCAAGGUGGCGGGAAAGGCGGGUGGGGAAGGGACUUGGUAUUGAGUGAGGAUCAGAAGGAGUUUCAGAGGCAGAAUGCGGAGCGGAAGAGGAUGGAGGUGAAGGAUCCAAUGGAUCAGGAUUACCUACCGGAUAUCUUAACGGGGAACCGUAGCAAGCAUGAUGGAAGGCCGAAGGUAGGCGCUGGGAGGGACGUUAAUUCACGAAAGAGAAAUUAG